AUGGCGGAAGCUUUUGCAACCGACAUUGCAAAAUCCCUUUUAGGGAAACUAGGCUCUUUUGCGACUAUUGAUCAUGGUCAUGUCUUGAGUGAGGAAACAGAGAUCAAUCCAUUCUUUCAGAAUUUUUCUGAUCUUAUUGGAAGAGACGAAGACAAAGAACGCAUCAUCAACCUCUUAGUAGAACCUUUUAAGGUUGAUGAUGCCCAUCCUUCUGUCGUUCCAAUAGUUGGAAUGGGUGAUGAACUAGAGAUGCCCAGAUGCAAAGCAGAUUUUGAGAAAUGUUUGACAGAAUUUAAGCAUUUGCGGUCGUUAGAAUUAAUGGAUGAUUGUGAAUUGCUUCCAGAAAGGAUUGGUGCUCUAAAACAUUUGAGAUAUCUCAAUUUGGGUAGGAAUUCAAAAUUGAAAAGAUUACCGAACUCUAUUUUCAAAUUACAAAAUUUGCAAGCUCUAUUUCUAGGCCAGGGAUUAGAAGAGCUGCCCAAAGAUGUGAGGUACAUGAUCAGUCUUAGAUCUUUAUUUCUAAUUACUAAGCAGCAGCGGCUGCCAGAAGGUGGGAUUGGAUGCUUGGAAUGUCUGCAAUCGUUACUCAUUGGUCGUUGUGGAAAUCUUGAAUAUUUGUGCGAAGAUAUGCAAGGUCUUAAAAGCCUUCGAAAUUUGACUAUUAUUUCAUGUAAAAGCUUGAUCUCUUUGCCACGAAGCAUGAAAUACCUUGCUGCACUGGAGUUUUUGUGUAUUGUCGAUUGUGAAAAGCUUGAUCUGACGACAAUGGAGGAAGAGUACGAGGAAGAAAUUAAACCACUUCCCCUUCAGACUGUAAUAUUAGCAGAGUUGCCAGGAACACUAGCAUUACCAAAACAGAUUCUUCAAGGAUCUGCAGACUUCUUACAAAAAUUAAUGAUUUCAGAAUGUCCAAACAUCAGAGAAUUGCCAGAGUGUGUCGGCAAUCUAAAUAAACUCCAAAUGCUUAUGAUCCAGAAUUGUCCCAGAUUGAGAGAAAGGUGCCAAAAGGGAACAGGAGAAGAUUGGCCCAAGAUCGCUCAUAUCCCUAAAAUUGAUGUUCACCAGAUUGACAUUAAUGAAGAAACAUCUGAUUAG